AAAAUUUGGAUAUGGAGCACUUACCAAAUGAAGUAAAAGUUAUAAUUCUAGAUGAGUGUGACUACACGGAUUGCAUUUGUUUUAGAGCUACAUCAAGCAAAAACUACGACGUCGGAACCUAUGUGCUUACCAAGACGAGAACUUUCGAUUUCCGGCUGUAUCGUUCUCAUAUUGGAAUGCAAAGUCUUGAAAAUGAGAAGACGACAAAAAAUGGAAGCCAUUUCAAUCCAACGAAGAUGAUCAAUUUCAUGGAUCUUUUACCCGGUUUACGGAAACUAGUGCUUGCUGACUUACCGUGUAUUUUCACGAUGAGUGAUAUGAUAAAAUUGGGAAAGUCUCUGCCAAAUCUGCAAAAAUGUGUGAUCAUCGAGAGUGAAGAGCGGAAAUGGAUGGGGAAGGAUGUGCUCAUGGGGCUGACUUACUUCAAAUCGCUAGAAAAAUUGAAAGUGGUUAAUUGGGAACCGUCACAUGUUACAAGAAGAGGUUGUGCUUCGCGAAACGAGACCAUCCCAGCGAGUACUCUCCGAAACUUGAUCAACUUCACAAUCAUCUGCAAUAAGGAGACAGUGUCCAAAGUUUUACAAUAUUUACUCGAGAACGAAAUUUAUUUGACAAAAUGUGUCAAGGCCAAAUUUAACGUACGUCUGUCCUCGCCGGAUAUUCCCCAUCUUAUCAUGAAGUUCAUCGAAUGCCACCCACACAUUCAAGAGAUUGCUUUCAACGGGUUUCUUUUCACAACACAAGAGCAAGUGCAGGCUUUUUACGGGCACCUUCUUGCACUACCACAACUUGAAAGAGUUCAACUGGAGAACUGUUCAGUUAUUGAAAGGAUUGAGCAGGCUCUACAAAAAACCUUCUUGGACGCUUUACGACGGCGAGGAAUUAGGUUCACAAAUCUGGUUAAGAGCUUACGACAUGGGUAAAAAAAUUACAUAAUUAUAUAUAUAUACACUGUUUAUUUUGCUCAAAAAUAAAAUGAUUGUCAUU